CUUGCGUAUCCCCAUUGAAAUGAGGCCACUAAAAAUGAAUCGAGAGGAAGUUAGCAGGGGCGAUCCGAUGGGGAAAAACAGCUUGGUCCCUGCUGUGCAAGAGCUCUGGAACGCUUGGGAGAUCCACUUUCUGAUCCUCCUAAGUCUUUCCCUGCAAGUCUUCCUCUUCCUGUUUGCAGGCAUGCGGAGGCGCAGUUCAUCACGCGUCCUAAGCAUAGUCCUAUGGCUGGCCUACCUAUCAGCGGACUCUGUUGCAAUCUUUGUGCUCGGUCACCUCGCGGUUCGCGCGGGCGAGCCGGGGCACCAGCUCAUGUCCUUCUGGGCGCCCUUCGUGCUCAUCCACCUGGGCGGGCAGGACACCAUCACCGCCUUCUCUCGGCAGGACAAUGAGCUGUGGCUGCGCCACCUGCUGAACCUGGUCACCCAGGUAGUAGUCGCUGGCUACGUCGUGGCCAAGGCGUCUUGGCCGGACAGCCGGCUCAGGGUUGCCAUGGUGCUCAUGUUCCUCUCCGGGUGCUUCAAGUACGCGGAGCGUACGCUGUGCCUUUACUCCGCAAGCCCAGCGAGGCUCAGGUCACACAAUAUUGGUAUAAUGUCACGGAAGCUACAGGCAUUUCAGUGGUUUCUUAAGAAGGAUAACGACUCUAGAGUUGUGGCUGAUAACGACCUGACCCCAAGACAUAUUUUUGAUUAUAUGAUGAAAGAAGCAACGAGUGAAUCAAGCAGCAGUACUGACAUCAUGUCAGUGGAUGCCCCCAUCAAUGAGACAGAGAUCAUUAUUAAAUAUUUGGACAAACUACCAGACACUCACAAGGAGUUUCUGUCUAAUCCAGAUCGCUACGACCCCUAUAAGUUUGUGGGAGCAUGUCUGCUAGAUUGGUACGAAGGCCUCUACACCAAAAACCCAUUUCGUCAAUCCUUUUUUGAAAUCUAUCAGGAAUGCCUUUAUCCAUUCUUCCGUGAAUGCUUCCGUGAUUGUCUCUAUGGAUGUCUCCGUAGUUGUCUUGGUGAAAUCCGUGAUUUCCUCCGUGAUAUCUUCCGUGACUGUGGACUUCCAAGCUGCAGUGUUGAGUUGUUGACACUUUUAAGAGUUGUCUUCGAAUCAUCUUCUUGUCUUGUCUUUUUAUCGUCCUCCUACCCCUGUUGCUACUAUACCCUUUGUUCCAAUAUGUCUCAGCCCUAAUAGCCCUUGUGCUCUUCAUGGCAUCUGAAAAGGGGGGCCAUCUCCAUACUAGCCAAACUGACAUCACCGUGUCCUACAUAUUGCUUGUAGGAGCAAUAUUCCUACUUCCUAGAUGUGUCCUCUGUUAUCAUCUCCAUCUUUUCCUUCAUGGUCUCCAAUCUUCGGGACAGCGGCGGCAUGAUCAAAAGUGCAAUCUUUCGUGUAGCCAACUACAUUCAGCAAGCUUGGAGUAGAAAACAGUGGUCCGAAGAGCUAGCACAAUACAACAUGAUCAAGAGGCAUGCCACCCAAGAUACUUCAGGCAUGGCAUUCAUCUGGCAAUGGAUCGGUAAGCUCUUGGGUUCCUGUGGCCUCGAGUUGUUUGAUGUAACACACACACCCAUGACCAAAGAUAAUAAUGCACCCAUGAAGGAGUUCGUCCUUGCCAAUCUGUUAUACUCAGGAACAAAAAAAGAAUGGAACAUUGGUAGUUCCCGCGGCCAUCUAGCAGUCCAGAAGUGGAUGGUGAAAAACCAUCAUGAUCCAAAUUCUGCAGCGACAGGAAAAGUACUAGAGAAGAUAAUCACAAGUGGUCUUGAUUUUCCAACAAGCGUGCUCACCUGGCACAUUGCAACAGACAUUUGCUACUUCUGGGAAGGAGCCAGCACCUGCAGUUCUGGUGUUGAACUGAAGAAGCACAAGGAGAUGAGCAGAGAACUGUCAAAUUAUUUAAUGUACCUUGUCUUCAAGUGUGGUGUGAUGCUUAGUAGCAACUCACAGAUUGUGCAUGAUAAGGCACAUGAGGAAAUUUUGACAACUUUGUUUGAACAUCAACAGAGUCAACAGGUUACUCUAGAUGAGAAAACAACAGUCACGAAGAUUUUUGAAGCUUUGAAGAAAAAAUCGCUGGUUGGUACACAGAAGAAACAUGAAGAACCAUCCGAGAUAAAAGAUAAUGCUGCAGAUAGUCAUCUGCAGAAACUCUUGCAGAGCGCUCAAGCUACUACUUCUCCGGUGUUGCCCCAUGCAGGCGAGGUGGCUCAGGCGCUCAUUGACAUCCAAGACGAAGCUAACCGUUGGGAGCUGAUCGCCUCGGUAUGGUCGGAGAUGCUUUUCUACACUGCGCCUCGUUGCGGUUGUGCUUUCCACUACGAGCAUCUAAGCACCGGUGGGGAAUUCAUCACCCAUGUUCUCCUUCUCAUGAAAUUUCUAGGACCUUUUCUACCACCCCCUGGUGCUUGAGCUUCACAAGCUGUGGCAUUCUAGUCUUUACACGACAAAGCCAUUCUUGGCUCCUUCCUACAUAUGAUUUGUAUAUAUCUUGUAUAAGUGCCAGUAACUCGUACUGGCUUUUUAAGUGUAGUCACCAAAUGUAAUAAGUUCCGAAAUUC